AUGGUUUUGCCAACACCAGGAUUCGUAGUUAAAACCCGAACGGAUUGCAAAGUUUUUAUCAACAUAUGCCAUUCACCAAAUGUACCUAAACCAGAAGAUUUCAAUCCAGAAACUUCAUUUAAUUUAAUAAUCGAAAAUAAAUGGCAAAUACCAAUUGUUGUAAGUGAAGAAAAAUCAACAUUUGAUAAAAAAGGUAUACCAUCGCUAGCAUAUGAUUGUUGUAUAAAUUCAGAGUGUUUUAAAUGGAUACAAUCAAAUCAAGAUCUUAAACAAAUUCUUAUUGAAUGGAGUAUCGAAAGUAUAGAAUUAACAUAUAAAUUACAACUUGAUAGAUCUUAUUCAAUUCCAAAAAUGUUAUCCAAAGGUGAAUUAUCAGAGAUUAAAGAAAAGAUUCCAGAGAAAUUAAUAUAUGAAGAAGAGAAAUUACCUGAUUUAAUACCACAAGUUCAAAAGAAAACUAUAAUUAAUGAAACACCGUGGGAAUAUUCAGUAAAUAUUAAAAAUUUAACAACCAAAAAAUGUAUUAUUAUAGAUUCAAAUAAACCAAUUCCACGAUUUACAUAUUAUAAAAAUUGUAUACAUUUUAAUAAUGUUGAAAUACCAGUUGUUAAAUCAACUUUUAAAUGUUUUAGUGUGGGAUCAACAUAUUAUAUAUUUUUUUAACCAGGCUCAUCGCAAUGAAAUUUGAUAAAAAAAACGCAACAACUUAUAACGUUGUUCAUAGAGCACAUGAUGAUCCAAAAUAUUAUGAUGAUGAUUCAAGUGGCCAUGUUUUAGUUAAAGGUAUAAAAGAUUUGAAAAAAUCAGUUAAAGAUAUAAGAGAUAAUGAAGGUUUAGCUGCUCAAUAUGGUAUAACAUUUGAUGAUUCAAAAUAUGAUUAUAUGCAACAUUUAAAACCGAUGGGUGAAGGUACAUUUGUUCCUGUAGAAGGCAAAACAACUAUAGAAGAUUUAUUUCCUAAUAAUAUUCCAUCUAAAAAUAAAGUUAAAAUGUCAAGAGAUUUAAAUCAAGGUAUACCAGAAGAACUUAAAGGAUUUAAUCCAGAUUUAGAUCCAAGAAUUAGAGAAGUGCUAGAGGCUUUGGAAGACGAAGCUUAUAUUGGAUCUGAUGAAGAGUUGGACAAUUUAAUAAAAUCUGGUCAAGCAGAAGAAGAAGAUGAGUAUGAUGAAUGGGAUAUGGAUAAUUUCGACGAUGAUUACGAAGAUGAAUGGGCACAUGUUAGGAAUAAUAAACAAAAUUAUGAUUCAGAUGAAUUUGAUGAUGUUGCUUCAUUACCAGAAUUUGAUAAAAAGGGUAAAAAAGCAAAUGGUUCAAUUACAUCGAUGUCAUCUUCUGCAUUAUAUAGAACAGAAGGUUUAUCACUACUAGAUGAUAGAUAUGAACAAUUGAAUAAACAAUAUCAAGAGGAACCAAAAGAAAAUUAUAAACCAUUUGAUAUGAAAGAAGAAAGAAAUGAUUUUGAAGGUAUGUUGGAUGAAUUUUUAGAAACCUAUGAAUUAGAAAGUGGUGGUAGAAAAUUAGCAAAGAAGGAUAACGAAAAGACAAAGAUUAAAUUAGCUGCAAGCUCUGUAUCAAAAGGUAAAGAUGCAAAGAAAAUUAGUGAUAAAUUUAAACAAUUAAAUUUGAAUUAG